AGCCGUGCGUCGAAAGUGGUAGCUAAAACCUGAGUAAACGCAGAUUUGUUAUCGAUGAAGAGGUAAAAAUAACCAUCGAUUAUUUAAAACGUGUGAAAGUUCAAAGCGAAGGAUACAAGUGACAAGAGACAGAGAGGCGAAAAUGGGGAAGAAAAAACGCUUGAAUCGUUUGAUCAGCAGAUGGAUCAAAAGCGACCUGCCGCAGGAGGACGGCUCGCCGACGGUGCUGCUGCUCGGCGUCACCAGGAUACCGACGUCACCGCCACCGCGCCCUCGCCGUCCCCGCUCCCUCGCCCUUGUACCCAACCACAACCAAUCGAAACCCACGGGUAUAAAUGUUAAUCCCAGCAAUAAUUCGCAGCCAACCCGUGCUCGUCCCGUAUCCGUUGUCCAUCCGUACACAUUCUCGCGGCCACCGGCUGCCACCCCGAUUCCGGAGCGUGAAUUGGCACAGAUCAAGUGUGGCCUUCAGCCGCUGCUUCUGAAAACCCCCUCGUUGGUAGCGGAUGCGAGCGAGAGCAGCGACGAUACGCCGACGAAUGCUUCUGGCGUUGGCGGCGAUGCUGAGUCGCCGGUAGAGUGGUCGUCUUCGGCGGCGGAGGAGAAAAGUCGAGGCGACUCUUCGUCCUGCGUCACCAAUAUGGAGCGCUCAGUUGACUCCAUCGGGGCGUGUUCACUGGAUGUGGACGCGUCCGCCGAACUGCUAUCAGAUUGGUGUGAGAAUCCGUCGGUGGAUACGCUGCGCAGUGCGAGUAUAAAAUCACUAACGCCCCAACAAGAACACCGCCUGCCGUCAUACCUCAGUUUGGCGUGCACAGUCAACGGAUAUUCCCAGAUUACCAACUACGAUCCAGUGCGAUUAGCGAAAUCCCGCGAUUCGUCACCGCAUCGACCGCUUAUCGACAACGACCACCUGACGUACGCUAUCCAGAAUAAUCUAUUAUCACCGCCGAAUUUGGUGCCGUUACCUUUCACCGAUCGUUUUCGACUCGCAUCAGCAGCGAGCGCAAACGCUGAAAAAAUGACGGAAAGAACACGAACCAUCACUCAUCACCAUCAUCACGAGGAGUUUUACUCCAAGAAGAAGAUGUUUAUUUCCACAGAGACAACGUCUCGUAAAUAUAACUACAUCGACCGUGUGGAUGCCUGCAUGGAGAAAAGCAACGGUCGUGCUUACAACGGUCAUCUCAACGGACAUAGCAAUAGUAAUGGUCAUGUGAACGGUUCAUCGGAACCGAAAUCGUUUAUUCAGCAACGCGUUGAGCGCUUGUAUGGACCCGGAGCACUGGCGCAGGGGUUUUUCGUAAUGAAGCGGCAAAAGUCGCGUAAUUCUGAGUCAGAUGCGCAUGUGCAGUGCGAUCACUUGAACGUUGAUUAUAAUGAUAAACACUCGAAAUCGAUGUCUGAUAAAAUCCUACUCGAUGCGGAUGGUGAGAGUGAUUCGAUUAUGAAACAAAGUGCUAGUAGUCCAUCUCUACCGGUGCUGAGACACCUUACGCCUGAAUUCCGCGCGCAAUUGCCAACGUUUAGCCCCCGGCGUGGUGUUGACACUUUACAGAAGAGCAAUACACUACCGCAGCUCAAAGACAUUGAAGCAGAGAUGCUCAAGGCUGAAGUUCUAACUGUUUCGCAGAAUGGUGUGCAUCUUCAUGACGAAAAUAUGACAAAAUUGGAUAAGCAACUAGAACAUCAACAUCUUCACGAGAAUAAUAAUUGUCUUAAUGGGGCUGUGGGGAAGAUAGCCACAGUGGCGACAGUUGAUGAUGAUGUUAAGGACGGGCAUUAUUUCCUGCGAAUUUUGGAGAAUGAAGCCGUACGACUGCUGAAACUUGCUGAUAAAGCUGAAGAAGAACUGGAUGCUGGUGAAGGCAAGCUGAAUGAAAAUGGGAAGGGAUUCUUGCGUUCGGCUGCUGGGAAAGCGAGAUUAUUGGUUUCACAAAAGAUGCAACAAUUCCGAGGGCUGUGUACAAACAAUUUAAAUCAGGCUGAAGGUGAAGCAUUCCCAACAACAAACCAAGACCUCCAAGGUUUCUGGGACAUGGUAAUGCUCCAGGUGGACCAGAUAGACUCAAUUUUUAAAGAAUUAGAUGUUUUACGAGCGAAUAAUUGGCAGGAAGUGAUUUCAAAGCCCGUUGACACAGUCGACAAAGGUAAAUCUCGAACAAAAGUUAAUCUUCCCGCAGCAACACGUGUUCGCAGCGCUGGCGCUGAGGAAGCUCGCGCAAAACGCGAAGCGCAACGCAAGCAGAUGAUCGAACAGCGUCGGAAAGCAAUGCGAGAUGCGAUGAGCAAGGCCGUCCCCAACGAGAGUAUCGAAAUCUACGUACCCGAGUCGAGUUGAUCGCUUCUCCGAGCGUCAUUAGGUUUUUAAUUCAUGGACGUUCUUUUGUCCCAUCAUCGGCAGUCGAAAUGAAAGAAAUCAAAACUAAAGUAAAACUACUAAUGCGUUAAAACAGAAAAAAGUGAAGAAAUUACAUAGCGGGGGACAUUGCGUUCUUAUAAAAUUAAUGAAAAAUGAAUAACUAUUAAUAUUUAUAUAAACAAUAAAGCCCACUAAUUAUUAAAGUCUCGGAUAAUCUCGAAUGCAUGCGCAGCGGAUUAUAUUUUUGUGGAAAAUUCGAAAACGCAAUGCUGUACAUAAACGUUUAUAUUUUAAGAGAUGAAUAUUGAACAAGAAGUGCCCAAAAUUAAAUGUUUUAUUGCCGGUCGUUAUCGUGGCAGCUUUGGUGGUUUUUCGUCUGUUUUAAAUUUUGAAUGUUGAAUGUAUCCUGUCAAUACGUUAAUUAAGACUGAUUCUGUACCACCUUUUGUCUAUUGAGAACAACACACACACACAAAAUCAUGAUUCAACAUGAUGAUAAUAAUCGUACCAAUUAUUAACACCAAAAAUAACAAUUUUACAAGAUUUUUAGUACAUUCCUUGGGUUAUAUCGCUCACGCGCACGAUUUUACGGAGUGUCUUUCUUCUAGAGGUUUUUUUAGAUGUACGCAUUACUUUUUAUCCUCAUUUUUUUAUUGUAUUCAUUUGUUGUCUUUUUUAAAAAUCAUUAUUAUAUACUAUGUUAUUAAAUAUUUGUUAAUGUGCACGAUUCAUGACGAAUGAGCAAGCAAAGAGACGAUGAGGUAGUGUGGAAUGCUCGAAACUAUGCUAUAAAUAUGGAUAGAAUAAUGAUUGUAAUGUUGCAGCCAGUCGUCGGCGGCUGGUCUGCUGAGAUUAUUCGUUAAAACUGAUUAUUUAUUGAACGAAUCUCGUACUAGUGUAUUAUUUUUAUGGAUUAUUAUUACAUUUUUAAAUAUUGACCUUA